CAGGUGCUCUGGCCUCCCUCUUCUCCAGAGCCGGGCGGGAAGCUAGGCCCCAGCGCCUCUCUGGAGCCUGGGGUUGGCCUGGCUCGCCAUGCGUUGCGGGCUGCGCCCUCGCGGGCCGGGAGCAGCGGCCCUGGCCGUGGCCCGGAAUUUGUGGGUGCCGCCCCGCCUUCCUCGUCGGCCUGGCUGGCGAGGGGCGACGAGGAAGCUUUUGGUGCGGUCAGUCACCGGGGCCAGUAACCAGCUGCAGAAUUCGAAUAAUGGCAGCUAUCGGGACACGGUGUUGCUGCCGCAGACCAGCUUCCCCAUGAAGCUGCUGGGCCGCCAGCAGCCCGACACGGAGCUGGAGGUCCAACAGAAAUGUGGAUUUUUGGAACUUUAUUCAUGGCAAAGAGAAAGAAAAGUGAAGACAGAGUUUUGUCUUCACGAUGGACCUCCUUAUGCAAAUGGUGACCCUCAUGUUGGACAUGCUUUAAAUAAGAUUUUGAAAGAUAUAGCCAACCGAUACCAUAUGAUGAGAGGUUCCAAAAUACAUUUUGUGCCAGGCUGGGAUUGUCAUGGCUUACCCAUUGAAAUAAAAGUAUUAUCAGAACUUGGUGGAAAAGCUCAGAAUCUUUCAGCUAUGGAAAUUAGAGAGAAAGCUAGAUCAUUCGCCAAGGCAGCAAUUGAGAAACAGAAAUCGGCAUUUAUUCGUUGGGGAAUAAUGGCAGAUUGGAAUAAUUGCUACUAUACAUUUGAUGGAAGAUAUGAAGCCAGACAGUUGAGAAUUUUCUAUGAAAUGUAUGAUAAGGGCUUAAUUUAUCGAUCUUAUAAACCUGUGUUUUGGUCUCCCUCAUCAAGGACUGCAUUGGCUGAAGCAGAACUUGAAUAUAAUCCAGAGCAUGUCAGUUGCUCAGUAUAUGUAAAAUUUCCUCUCUUGAAACCUUCUCCUAAGUUGGCAUCUCUUAUAGAUGGUUCAUCUCCUGUUAGUUUCUUAGUCUGGACCACCCAGCCUUGGACAAUUCCAGCCAAUCAGGCUGUUUGUUAUAUGCCAGAAUCAAAGUAUGCUGUCGUGAAGUGUUCCAAAUCUGGAGACUUCUACGUUUUAGCUGCAGAUAAAGUAACAUCUGUUGCUUCUACUUUGGAAACAACAUUUGAGGUUAUUUCAACAUUUUCUGGUGUUGACUUGGAAAAUGGUACUUGUGCUCAUCCUUUCAUUUCUGAGAGGGUGUCUCCUCUUUUACCUGCCAGUCAUGUGACCAUGACAAAAGGAACAGGAUUGGUUCACACAGCCCCAGCUCAUGGUAUGGAAGAUUACAGUGUAGCUUCUCAACACAACUUGUCCAUGGAUUGUUUAGUGAAUGAAGAUGGAGUCUUCACAGAUGCUGCAGGUCCUGAACUGCAAAACAAAGCUGUUCUUGAAGAGGGAACAGAUGCGGUUAUAAAGAUGCUUCAGGCUGCAAAGAAUUUGUUGAAAAAGGAAAAAUUGGUACACAGCUAUCCCUAUGACUGGAGGACUAAGAAACCAGUAGUUAUUCGUGCCAGCAAGCAGUGGUUUGUAAAUAUCACGGAUAUUAAGACUACAGCCAAGGAAUUGUUAAAAAAAGUGAAAUUUAUUCCUGGAUCAGCACUGAAUGCCAUGGUUGAAAUGAUGGACAGGCGGCCAUAUUGGUGUAUAUCAAGGCAAAGAGUUUGGGGUGUUCCAAUUCCUGUGUUUCAUCAUAAGACAAAAGAUGAAUUCUUGAUCAACAGCCAAACUAUUGAGCACAUUAUUAAACUAGUGGAGGAACAUGGCAGUGAUAUCUGGUGGACUCUUCCCCCGGAGCAACUUCUUCCAAAAGAAGUCUUAUCUCAGGUUGGUGGUCCUGAUGCUUUGGAGUAUGUGCCAGGUCAGGAUAUUUUGGACAUCUGGUUUGACAGUGGAACUUCAUGGUCUUAUGUUCUUCCAGGUACUGACCAAAGAGCAGAUUUGUACAUGGAAGGAAAAGACCAGCUUGGGGGUUGGUUUCAGUCUUCCUUAUUAACAAGUGUGGCAGCAAGGAAUAAAUCACCUUUUAAGACAGUGGUUGUUCAUGGAUUUACCCUUGGAGAAAAGGGAGAAAAGAUGUCCAAGUCUCUCGGGAAUGUCAUUGAUCCUGAUGUUGUCAUUAAUGGAGGACAAGAUCAAAGCAAAGAGCCUCCCUAUGGUGCUGAUGUCCUUCGCUGGUGGGUCGCUGAGUCCAAUGUCUUCACUGAAGUGAUAAUUAGUCCAUCUGUACUGAAUGCUGCCAGAGAUGAUAUUAGCAAGCUUAGGAAUACACUCCGCUUUCUUUUGGGAAAUGUGGCUGGUUUCAACCCAGAAACAGAUUCUAUCCCUGUUAACAAUAUGUAUUUCAUAGACCAGUAUAUGCUACACUUACUGCAGGAUUUAGCAAACAAGAUUACCGAUGCAUAUAAGCAGUAUGACUUUGGAAAAGUUGUUCGGCUAUUACGAGCAUUUUAUACCAGAGAACUCUCCAACUUUUAUUUCAGCAUAAUCAAAGAUAGGCUUUAUUGUGAAAAUGCAGAUGAUCCCAAACGACGCUCUUGUCAGACUGCAUUAGCCGAAAUUUUGGAUGUAAUGGUUCGUUCUUUUGCUCCCAUUCUUCCUCACUUGGCUGAAGAGGUAUUCCAGUACGUACCUUACAUUAAAGAACCCAAGAGUGUUUUUCGUACUGGAUGGAUUAGAACCAGUUCUAUCUGGAAGAAGCCUGGACUGGAAGAAGCAAUAGAGAGUGCAUGUGCGAUGAGAGAUUCAUUUCUUGGAAGCAUCCCUGGCAGAAAUGCAGCUGAGUAUGAGGUUAUCAUUGUGAUUGAGCCUGGACUGCUUUUUGAGAUAAUAGAAAUGCUACAGGCUGAAGAGACGUCCAGCACCUCUCAGCUGAAUGAAUUAAUGAUGGCGUCCCAGACAACUUUGCUCUCUCAGGAACCACGAGCAGUAACUGCAGAUGUCACUGAGCUUAAAGGGACAUUUCUAAUCAACCUAGAAGGUGGUGAUAUUCGUGAAGAGUCUUCAUAUAAAGUAAUUGUCAUGCCCACUACCAGGGAAAAAUGCCCUCGCUGUUGGAAGUACACUGCUGAGUCAUCAGACACACUCUGUCCGCGAUGCACAGAAGUUGUGAGAGGGAAGUAAUACCUCGCUGUGUGUUGAGGGCUUUCUGAGCAAGAACUUCUGACGGGACUGCCUGGGGGUUUAGGUGGACUGUUCACAGCACUGCAAAGAAAUCCAAGAUUUAGGUAAUGAGUGGAAGAGUAAGUGGUAGAGGAUGAGAGUCAGAGUUAGAGCUACAAGCUUUUUCUGCAACAACUAAAUAAAAAAUGAUGUGUAUAUAUACACAUGGAAAAAUAUACCUAUGCAGAUGGAUCCAUAAUGGACUUCCUCAGAACACAGACACUGAAAAUGCUUGCCUACAAAUAUGGCUCAGCAGAAAAUGUUUUAUAUUUUAUCAGUCUUCUUGACUCAGUAUUUAAGUUCUAUAAUGUCUGUCUAAAAAUAAAGGCACCUGGGAAAUUA